AUGCCUUUGUGCAACAAAGUUUUGAGCAAUUACUCUAUGAAACCAUCGAAGCUCAAAGACCAUCUAAGAAGGUGUCAUCCUGAUAAAAUAGGUAAAGAUUUAAAAUAUUUUCAAACAUUGAAGGAAAAAUAUGAAAAGAGACCCACCGUGCACAGUAUGCUCACUUCUAUGACUCAAAGUAACGAUGUUGGCUUUCGGGCAUCUUACAAUAUCUCAUUGCAUAUUGCGAAAUCUAGGAAACCGCACAACAUCGGAGAACAGUUAAUUUUACCAACUGUUGAGGAGGUUUUGAAAACUGUUCUGCACAUGCCUUCACGUGAUGUACUUAAAAGAAUUCCUUUAAGUAACGACACUGUACAAAGACGUAUUGAUGAAAUGAGCUCUGAUAUUGAAAGUUUCUUGUGUAGUUAUCUACAAACAACUCAUUUUUCUAUUCUACUGGACGAGUUAACUUUACUUGGUAAUGAAGCAUUAUUAUUGGCAUAUGUUCGAUUUAUUAUAGACGAAGAAAUCCAUGAAGAGCUGCUAUUCGCGAAAACUUUAUUUAAGCUUCUGCGUGAUUUUAUUCAGGAAAAAUCGAUUCCAUUUACAAUGGUCGGACGUUAUCGUGGGUUUAUAAGCCAUCUUAAAAGAAUAAUAUCAGGAGUAACCGCAAUACACUGUGUCAUCCACCGACAACACCUGGUAGCGAAAAAUUUGAGUGAUAGAUUGCAUCAAUCGCUUCAACUUGUGAUUAAAUCUGUUAAUGAAUUGAGAAACAGAUUUAAAAGAAUACUUUUAUUUAUUAGAUUUGUAUUUGUAGCUCGGUGGCGUAGUGGAUAAGCGCCGCGGCCCGCGAUCGUUUUCGUUAAGCAACUUUCGCAAGGGUCGGUCACGGGAUGGGUGACCAAAAAAUUAUUAUCUCGAGCUACUCCAUGCUUCGUAAAGCACGUUAAGCCGUUGGUCCCGGCUGCAUUUGCAGUCGUUAAUACCCUCCAAUCCGCAUUGGGCCAGCGUGGAGGAUCAUAGCCCAUACUCCUUAACCAUCCAUAAGGAAUGCCUGAUUGCAGUUGGGUCGUAAAAGGGCUGAUGAGGAUGAUGAUGAUGAACUUGCAGUUACAAGGGGAUAGCCUAAAUUUAAAAAACAAAGAGUAUAAUUUCGGCUUAUAUUGA